AUUAUAACUUUAAUGAAUAUAUCGCUGAAAUAGAGGAAUUAGAAUGUAAUGAAAUGCUUAAUUUAGAUAUGCAAAUUUUUGAAAUUAAUAGUUCUAAUAUCGAUAUUGAUGCUAAUGAAACUUGCGAUGAAACUAACCAAGUUGAAGAUUUUACAAUAGAAAUUGAGAAAACUAAUUUCAAAAAUUGUAGUUUUGUAUUUGCACCAAAAACAAGCACAACAAGUAUUCAAGAUCAUUUGAUUAAACAUAAAUUAUUAGAGAAAAAAGCUAUAAUGAAAAUAUAUUCUAAAAAAGAACAA